AGAGAAGACUUGUAAAAUGUCCAGGAACAAAAUGUAGCCAGCACACACACGGAGACACACUCAAAUCUCUACACUGAUUCUAUAGUGUGUGCUGAUGGUGGCCGAUUCUCCCAGUGAACAUUUACAUGCUAAUGUUGUCGAUAGCACGAACAGUCCACCGAUCGCCGAGAGCUGGUGUCUCACUCAAGUCAAGGUGAUAAAGUUCUCGUACAUGUGGACGAUAAACAACUUCAGCUACUGUAGAGAAGAGAUGGGAGAGACUCUGAAGAGCUCAACCUUCAGUGCCGGCCCCAAUGACAAUAUGAAAUGGUGUCUGAGAGUAAACCCCAAAGGUUUGGACGAGGAAUCAAAAGACUAUCUCUCUCUUUAUCUCCUUCUUAUCUCCUGCGAUAAGAGCGAAGUUCAUGCCAAGUUCAAGUUUUCAAUACUCAACCAUAAGAGAGAGGAAACCAAGGGCAUGGAGAGUCAACGUGCCUACAGAUUCGUGCAGGGUAAAGAUUGGGGCUUUAAAAAGUUCAUCAGAAGAGACUUUUUAAUGGAUGAUCAUACGAAUGGCCUGCUGCCCGAUGAUAAGUUAACCUUAUUUUGCGAGGUGAACGUCGUGGCAGACUCAGUGAACAUCUUCGGCCAGAGCAAUCACCGGUCGCUGAAUGUCCCGAAAUGUAACCUCAGUGCUGAUUUAGCAUCACUUCUGUCAAGUGGCAGCUUUGCGGACGUCACGUUAGAGAUUGAGAGUCAGGAGUUCCAAGCUCACAGAGCAAUCCUGGCUGCCAGGUCGCCCGUCUUCUCGGCCAUGUUCCAACAUGCCAUGGAGGAACAAAAAAACGGCCGCGUGGAAAUAAAAGACUUAUCACCAGAAAUCUUUGGUGAGAUGCUGGAGUACAUAUACACGGGCAGAUCACCUAACUUAGAACGAUUAGCCAACUCUCUUUUAUCCGCUGCAGAUAAGUACCAGUUAGAGCGGUUAAAGCUGAUGUGCGAGGAAGCGCUUUGUUCCAACCUGACAGUAGAGAACGCGGCGGACACUCUGAUAUUAGCGGACCUGCACAGCGCUGAGCAUCUAAAGGAGAUGUGCAUCAACUUUAUUAAUAGUCACGUGAGCGAAGUAAUGGACACUCCCGGCUGGACGGUUCUGUGUUCACACUCCCAUCUCCUAGCUGAGGCUUUCAAAGCUCUGGCAGCCAUACAGGCUCCUCACAUGUCCAUGCUAAUGCCCCCUAACAAAAAGAGGAAAAAACUGGGUUGACGCUAAAUGGAAAGGAAUAUUUAUUUCCGUGAUAAGACAAGGUUGGAGCGAAAAAGCAGUUGGUCGUGGAAACGGCGAUACGACAUGCGUGCUAUCCAAUAAGCAAUUGACAGGCUCACUAAUCGUCAAGCUGACAAAUCUAUUUAUUGAACUGUUGAAGAACAACCGUGUCUAUAAGUUUGAAUUCAGUGUAGAAUGUUUCGAGACGGUUAAUUUGUCGAAGUUUUGACUUAAAUUUACAGCAAUUGGCCGGAUGCUUGCGGUCGCUGUCAUACUUAUCAUUAACUGUCAUAUUGUGUUACGGGGAAUAAUUUGUCGAUUAUUUUAAUCUUAAAUUAUCGGGGGACAAGGCGAGGAAGAGUUCGUCAUUAUGAAGUUGGCAAUGAGUUCGAGUUAUUUGAUUGAGUGGAUCUCAGAUUUAGUUAAGUAAUAUCUGAUAUGACUGUGUUCCGACCUUUUCCAUUUCAUGUCACAUUGACUUGAUACCAGGUCAAGAUCAUGCAUUUCUGCUCUGAAAUCACAAUUGUAACAAAUGUUAUUAGGGCUACAUGACAACGAAUAACACUACGGAUUCAAUGUUGUUAAACUUGAAGCGACCGUUACGUUAGAUUAGUUACAGAACUGAUUAGAUGGUGUCUUUUAUCAAGUCGUUAUCCUUCAAUUUAAUUAGGUCGUGUGCCACGAGACGGAGAUGUAACACGAGUUAAUGUGUUACAUACUCUGAGAAAACAUAAAUAAAUCAAACAUCUUUGAUCUUUGUAAUCUUUAGACUUUAUUUUGUUACGCUGCUAUCAGUAUCUUAAAAGGAAUGUAAUAUUGCCCUAAAUUGGGGACCGUUAGAAUGAUGCACACCUUUUUAUUGCCAGCCUAGAUUUUUAUUGGGUGGGUUAAGAAGGGGCUGUCUGAUAUCACCAUAAAAUGUGUUGUAGUAUUUAAAAUAAAACUAAUAAUUCACUUGUUA